UGUGGUGAUACAAAGGCAAAGGCAAAACUCUGCUGACUUUGUUCAGUAGACAGCUCAUGUAGCUGUCAGGCAAUGGACCAACCUGGGGCUUACAACUCUUUCCUCAGAAGUUUAACUCAUCAGUCAGAUUGCGAGAACAACUAAAAAGACCCUGAAAAUGCUGUGGAUGUCAUCUCUCCCAACUGCAUCCUUCUUUCUUCUGCUUCUCCCAUGCUUCCCUGCCUCGGAUGGUGGAGGAAAUGACCAGCCUACAGCUGUUAUCAGUGCUUGGAAAGGAGACUCCAUCAGCAUAACUUGCUCAGUGAAUAAUUCAGAAAACCAAGUGGGGAUGUACUUGCAAUCUGUCAGACAGAAUCUSAAUGUGAUAUAUGUUCCUCAACACCAGAAUCGUUCAAGUAUCUAUCCUGCCUUGGUUAAUCGCAUCAAGUACUCAAAGGAAGGGAAGAAUCUCAGGAUAACCCUGCAUGAUGUGCGGGAAUCUGAUUCCAAUAUCUACCUAUGCUCUGAGAUUGUUAAAAUCAAUGACCGUCACAAAAAACUAUAUGGGAAGACAACCAUAGUAGUGGUCAAAGCCAGUUCCAGUGGGGCUCUGGAGCAGUCACCACUCUAUGCCAACCCUGGGCAAGGCCAGUCUGUCAGCAUCACCUGUGGGUUGAAAAGCUCACCUAAAGACGAGGGGUUCUACUUGCUCAGGACUCACGUGCAGCCUGGAAAAGUUCUGUAUGUGUCAAAUCUGAACGUGCCAGAGGUUUCUCCUGCCUUUGAGAAUCGCUUGGACUAUUCAAGACAAGGAAAUAAAACAGUGAUAACUCUAUACAACCUCCAGAAAAAUGACAGUGAUAAUUAUGUCUGUGCUGAGGCUGUGAAAAAGUCCCCUCUGCUCUCAGCAAGCGGCACCAUGGUGCUAGUUCAAGAAGUGGAGCAGGCRUGUUCGAAGCGUUCCUGGGGUUUGUAUGCCCUGAUCAUCGUGGUGGCACUGCUGUUCUGUGCACUGGUGUGCUGCACCUUGUACCGUGUGAAUGUGAAGAAACAAUUCCAGAAGAAAAAGCACAAUGUAGUAUAUGAAGACAUGUCCUUCAAUUCCAGACGUAACACACUGGUCAGAACCAACACCUUUUGCAGAGAAACUUGAGCCAGCUGGGACCACGUAUGCAUUGACCAUUCCCUUAUAGGUGGCUCUGAGAGCUGCUGCAACCAUCUGAUGUAGUGGCUCAACUGAAAUUGCUAUCACCACCUUACUCAGUGGAAAGAAAAAAA